AACCUGAGGUUCACAUUAUCCAAGUGAAUGCUAAAAUAACUGUCUCAGGAUGGUUUUGAAUUCGUGAUGAGGCGCAAAGCAAAAUGAUGUUAUUUUUCAAAAUCAAAUGAUAUUUUGGAGGGCUUUCGAUUACACUGUUUGGAACGGAGCGAGUUACUGAAUCGCAGAAGUUACUGUAUUCGGGUGUAACCAUGAAGAAAUUACUGGCUUAGUAUGGAAAUUGCAGCUAUUUUACCAGACUCCCCCUGCUAAAUUUGAAAUUUCAAUGCGGAGACGCAGAUCUGUCCUCCAUUAAGAUUUGACCGUCGUCGUAUUAAUAUUAACUCUCAUUAUAUGUCAUGAAAGGAGCCCAGAAAUGCAUCACCAGUAAAGCUCCCUCUAUCUCUCAAUAGGCUUCCGUCUACUUCUCUCACGAGGAGGGCUCCAAGGUUUUGGUCGUCGUUUUCUCGGCGUUAUUUCAGUAUUUGAGCUUCACAGAUUCGGGGGUUAGAUCCGACGGCCGCCAUGGCUGCCGCCAACGCCCCGAUCACUAUGAAGGAGAUCCUCACGCUGUCAAGCUUAGGGGUCAAUCCACAAUUCAUCACAUUUACAAAUGUGACAAUGGAAUCAGACAAAUUUAUCUGUGUUCGGGAGACAUCUCCUCAAAAUAGUGUGGUGAUCAUUGAUAUGAACAUGCCAAUGCAGCCUCUAAGGCGGCCUAUUACUGCAGACUCUGCUAUCAUGUGCCCCUCUUCCCGAAUUUUAGCUUUGAAAGCCCAAGUUCCUGGAACCACCCACGAUCACUUGCAAAUAUUCAAUAUUGAAGCAAAACAAAAAAUGAAAUCGUACCAGAUGCCUGAGCAGGUUGCAUUUUGGAAGUGGGUAACUACAAAGAUGUUGGGCUUGGUCACUCAUACAGCAGUGUAUCAUUGGGCAAUUGACGGUGAUUCUGAGCCUGUAAAGAUGUUUGAUAGAACGGCAAAUUUGGCUAACAACCAAAUAAUAAAUUACCGAUGUGACCCUGCUGAGAAAUGGCUGGUUUUGAUUGGAAUUGCCCCUGGUUCUCCAGAGAGGCCUCAACUUGUUAAAGGGAACAUGCAAUUAUUUUCGGUGGAUCAGCAACGUAGUCAAGCUCUUGAAGCUCAUGCAGCUUCAUUUGCCUCUUUUAGAGUUGCAGGAAAUGAUAAGGAUUCUGUUCUAAUAUCCUUUGCAACAAAAACCUCAAAUGCCGGCCAGGUUACAUCAAAAUUGCAUGUCAUUGAGUUGGGAGCACAGCCAGGGAAACCAUCUUUUGUCAAGCAGCAAGCAGAUCUUUUCUUUCCUCCAGAUUUUAAUGAUGACUUUCCAGUUGCAAUGCAGAUAUCCCAGAGAUAUGGCUUAAUUUAUGUGAUUACAAAGCUUGGGCUUUUAUUUGUCUAUGACCUGGAAACAGCUACUGCAGUGUACCGAAAUAGGAUAAGCCCAGACCCCAUUUUUUUGACAGCAGAAGCAUCCUCUGUAGGUGGUUUCUAUGCUAUCAACAGGAGAGGCCAGGUGUUGCUUGCCACAAUAAACGAAGCAACACUUGUGCCUUUUGUUAGCGGACAAUUAAAUAAUCUGGAACUCGCGGUUAAUCUUGCCAAAAGAGGAAACCUUCCUGGUGCUGAGAAUUUGGUCGUUCAACGUUUCCAAGAGUUAUUUGCUCAAACUAAGUAUAAGGAGGCUGCUGAGCUUGCUGCAGAGUCUCCGCAAGGCAUUCUCAGGACACGUGAUACUGUUGCCAAAUUUCAGAGUGUACCUGCACAGACGGGGCAAACACCACCUUUGCUGCAGUACUUUGGAACACUUUUGACAAGAGGAAAGCUUAACGCCUUUGAGUCAUUGGAACUUUCACGUCUUGUUGUGAACCAAAACAAAAAGAAUCUUUUGGAAAACUGGCUGGCUGAUGAUAAAUUGGAGUGUAGUGAGGAGCUUGGGGAUCUUGUGAAGACCGUGGAUACUGACAUGGCCUUGAAAAUAUAUAUUAAAGCGAGAGUGACCCCAAAGGUUGUUGCAGCAUUUGCUGAGCGCAGGGAGUUUGACAAGAUUUUAAUCUAUUCCAAGCAGGUUGGAUAUACACCUGACUAUCUUUUUUUACUGCAAACAAUUCUACGAUCAGAUCAACAGGGAGCUGUAAAUUUUGCCCUCAUGAUGUCACAAAUGGAGGGAGGCUGUCCUGUUGACUACAACACCAUUACUGAUCUAUUUCUUCAGAGGAACAUGAUCCGCGAGGCUACGGCAUUCUUAUUGGAUGUUCUGAAACCAAACCUUCCCGAGCAUGCCUUUCUGCAGACUAAGGUAUUGGAGAUCAACCUCGUCACCUUUCCAAAUGUAGCUGGUGCAAUAUUGGCAAAUGGGAUGUUCAGUCAUUAUGAUCGACCUCGAAUUGGUCAACUUUGUGAAAAAGCUGGUCUUUACAUUCAAGCUUUGCAGCACUAUACAGAGCUGCCUGACAUAAAGCGUGUUAUUGUAAAUACUCAUGCAAUUGAGCCUCAGGCUCUGGUUGAAUUCUUCGGGACUCUUUCACGUGAGUGGGCUCUAGAAUGCAUGAAGGACCUUCUGCUAAUUAAUCUGAAGGGAAAUCUUCAGAUAAUUGUUCAGGUUGCAAAAGAAUACUGUGAGCAGAUGGGCCUUGAGGCAUGCAUAAAGCUUUUUGAGCAGUUCAAGUCAUAUGAUGGGUUGUACUUCUUCUUAGGGUCGUAUCUGAGCUCAAGUGAGGACCCUGAAAUCCACUUUAAAUACAUUGAAGCAGCUGCUAAAACUGGACAGAUAAAGGAGGUUGAGCGUGUAACUAGGGAAUCUAACUUCUAUGACCCUGAGAAAACAAAAAACUUUUUGAUGGAAGCCAAACUCCCCGAUGCCCGACCCUUGAUUAAUGUAUGUGACCGCUUUGGAUUUGUUCCUGACCUCACUCACUACCUAUACACAAGCAACAUGCUCAGAUAUAUCGAAGGAUAUGUCCAAAAGGUCAACCCAGGAAAUGCUCCAUUAGUUGUUGGGCAGCUUUUAGAUGAUGAGUGCCCUGAAGAUUUCAUCAAAGGUUUAAUCCUAUCUGUCCGUUCUCUGCUUCCUGUUGAGCCGCUUGUUGAUGAGUGUGAGAAGAGGAACCGGCUUCGGUUGCUUACUCAGUUUCUGGAGCACCUUGUGAGUGAAGGAAGCCAAGAUGUUCAUGUGCACAAUGCACUUGGAAAAAUAAUAAUAGAUAGCAACAAUAACCCGGAACACUUCUUGACAACCAACCCGUAUUAUGACUCGCGUAUUGUGGGUAAGUAUUGUGAGAAGCGUGAUCCUACACUUGCUGUGGUUGCAUACAUGAGAGGACAGUGUGAUGUUGAGCUUAUCAACGUAACAAACAAGAACUCGUUGUUCAAACUUCAGGCCAGGUAUGUAGUUGAAAGGAUGGAUGCUGAUCUUUGGGACAAAGUUCUCAACCCAGAAAAUGAGUUCAGGAGGCUACUCAUUGAUCAAGUUGUAUCUACUGCUUUGCCUGAAAGCAAGAGCCCGGAACAAGUGUCUGCAGCUGUGAAAGCUUUCAUGACUGCUGAUCUUCCCCAUGAGUUAAUUGAGCUUCUUGAGAAGAUUGUGCUCCAAAACUCUGCAUUCAGUGGGAACUUAAACCUGCAGAAUUUGCUCAUCUUGACAGCCAUAAAAGCUGAUCCUUCUAGAGUUAUGGACUACAUCAAUAGGCUUGACAACUUCGAUGGACCUGCAGUAGGUGAAGUUGCUGUCGACGCUCAACUGUAUGAAGAGGCUUUUGCUAUUUUUAAGAAGUACAACUUGAACGUCCAGGCUGUAAAUGUUCUAUUAGAUUACAUUCGAGAUAUUAACCGGGCGGUUGAGUAUGCAUUCCGUGUUGAAGAAGAGUCAGUCUGGACUCAGGUGGCUAAAGCUCAACUCAGAGAAGGGUUGGUUAGUGAUGCGAUCGAGUCAUUUAUACGUGCAGAUGAUGCUACUCACUUUUUGGAAGUCAUUCAUGCUGCAGAGAAUUCAAAUGUUUACCAUGACUUGGUUAGGUAUCUGCUAAUGGUUAGGCAGAAGACGAAGGAGCCUAAGGUUGACAGUGAAAUCAUCUUUGCAUAUGCCAAAAUUGAUCGGCUGGGUGACAUUGAAGAAUUCAUUCUGAUGCCAAAUGUCGCCAAUCUUCCUAAUGUCGGUGAUCGCUUGUUUGAUGGAGGUUUAUAUGAGGCUGCGAAGAUCAUAUUUGCAUUUAUUUCCAACUGGGGCAAAUUGGCCAGCACACUUGUGAAGUUGAAUCAAUUCCAAGGUGCGGUUGAUGCUGCCCGCAAGGCAAACAGUGCAAAGACAUGGAAAGAAGUAUGCUUUGCUUGUGUUGAUGCUGAGGAGUUCCGGUUGGCUCAGAUUUGUGGACUGAAUAUCAUAGUGCAGGUUGAUGACCUAGAAGAAGUAAGUGAAUUUUAUCAAAACCGAGGAUGCUUUAAUGAACUAAUCUCUCUUAUGGAAAGUGGUCUCGGAUUGGAACGUGCACAUAUGGGCAUCUUCACUGAGCUUGGUGUGCUCUAUGCCAGAUACCGUCAUGAGAAGCUCAUGGAACAUAUCAAGUUGUUUUCUACACGUCUCAACAUUCCUAAACUCAUACGAGCCUGUGAUGAGCAACAGCAUUGGAAGGAACUCACUUAUCUGUAUAUCCAAUAUGAUGAGUUUGAUAAUGCCGCCACUACCGUCAUGAACCACUCCCCUGAUGCAUGGGACCACAUGCAGUUCAAAGACAUUGCUGUAAAAGUUGCCAAUGUGGAGUUGUAUUACAAAGCUGUGCAUUUUUAUUUGCAAGAGCAUCCUGACCUCAUCAAUGAUCUCUUGAAUGUCCUUGCACUGAAGGUGGAUCACACACGUGUGGUGGACAUUAUGAGAAAGGCUGGUCAUUUGCGUUUAGUGAAACCAUACAUGGUUGCUGUUCAAAGCAAUAAUGUUUCUGCUGUGAAUGAGGCCCUCAAUGAGAUUUAUGUCGAUGAGGAAGAUUAUGAAAGACUUCGAGAAUCUAUUGAGUUGCAUGACAACUUUGAUCAGAUUGGUCUUGCCCAGAAGAUUGAGAAACACGAGCUCCUUGAGAUGCGGAGAGUUGCUGCAUAUAUCUAUAAGAAAGCUGGCCGAUGGAAGCAAUCUAUUGCCCUGUCUAAAAAAGAUAAUCUUUACAAAGAUGCCAUGGAAACUGCCUCACAAUCUGGGGACCGUGAACUUUCUGAGGAGUUGCUUGUGUAUUUUAUUGACCAGGGAAAGAAGGAAUGCUUUGCAUCUUGCCUCUUUGUUUGUUAUGAUCUGAUUCGGCCUGAUGUUGCUCUUGAGCUUGCAUGGUUGAAUAACAUUGUUGACUUUGCAUUGCCUUACCUGUUACAGUUCAUCCGUGAAUAUACCGGUAAAGUUGAUGAACUUAUCAAAGAGAAAAUCGAGGCUCAAUCUGAGGCAAAGGCUAAAGAGAGUGAAGAGAAGGACGUUAUUAUGCAGCAGAAUAUGUAUGCACAGCUAUUGCCACUAGCUUUGCCUGCCCCACCAGGUAUGGGCGGAGCGAGCGUGGGAGGUUAUGCCCCACCACUGCCAACCAUGGGAAUGCCACCUAUGCCCCCAUUUGGCAUGCCACAGAUGGGUUCAUAUUGAUCUGUUGUAUCGGGCUACCAUUAUACAAUUUGUUAUAGAAGACAGACACGGCUUGGAAGUAAAGAAAAUACAGAGUAUUGUUUUUUUAUCCUCGCUCAAGGGAUUGAGGGUCACAUUGAAGUUCUCACUAGAACUCUAGAAGUAGUUUUGUUGAUGGUUAGUUUUAAAACAAUGAUUUUUUUAUCAUUAUUAUUUUGUUGGUAUAGUGAUGUGUUCAUAGCUCUUUUGUAAUAUGCCUCUUAGAAGCGUUUUUUUGCAGUCAAGUAGUUUGGUCAAGAUAAUCUGUAAUUUUCAGAAGCAACUAUUUGUUCCUUUAAUUUGCGUUUCAUUUGUACUGAUUUUUACCAUC